GAAGAGGCGACCCGCCUUCCGGUGUGGUGCCCUGAGAGUUGCCAAGGUUUUGGUAGUGGAGUAAUCCGAGAGGGGAGAAAGGGCGGUUACUGUCUGUACAAUGCCGAAUAAAACGAAAAAGGAUACACCUAAGUCUGGCAAAGUGGGCAAGAGUGGGGGACAGGAGAAUUCUGAUCAUGAGAACUCCAGCAGGAAGAGCGGCAACAGUGUACCUCCUACCACGCAGCUGCUAAAGGGGAAGCAGCCAGGUUCCCUGACUCCUGUCAAGAAGGACAAGAAGCAGAGCUCCUCUUGCUUCAGCCUGAGCAAUAACAGGGAGCUUCAGAAGCUGCCCGCCUUUAAAGACGUUCCACCAGCCGACCAGGAGAAGCUCUUCAUCCAGAAGCUGCGUUACUGCUGCGUCCUCUUUGAUUUCGUCUCGGAUCCGCUGAGCGACUUGAAAUGGAAGGAGGUGAAGAGGGCUGCGCUGAGCGAGAUGGUGGAGUACAUCACCCACAACAGGAACGUCAUCACAGAGCCCAUCUACCCGGAAGUUGUACACAUGUUUGCUGUGAACAUGUUCCGAACGUUGCCGCCUUCAUCGAACCCCACGGGUGCAGAGUUUGACCCGGAGGAAGACGAGCCGACGCUAGAAGCUGCGUGGCCACACCUGCAGCUGGUCUAUGAAUUCUUCCUACGGUUUUUGGAGUCUUCAGACUUCCAACCAAAUAUAGCCAAAAAGUAUAUCGACCAGAAGUUUGUAAUGCAGCUCUUAGAUCUAUUUGACAGUGAAGACCCGAGAGAAAGAGAUUUUUUAAAGACAACUCUUCAUCGUAUCUACGGCAAGUUCCUUGGCUUGCGCGCUUAUAUUAGGAAACAGAUCAACAAUAUAUUUUAUAGGUUCAUUUAUGAAACGGAGCACCAUAAUGGAAUAGCGGAACUGUUGGAAAUAUUAGGCAGCAUAAUAAACGGAUUUGCCUUACCCUUGAAAGAAGAGCACAAGAUUUUCCUGCUGAAAGUACUGCUGCCAUUACAUAAAGUCAAAUCUCUCAGCGUUUACCAUCCUCAGCUGGCGUACUGUGUGGUUCAAUUCCUGGAGAAGGACAGCACCCUCACGGAACCUACGGUGAUGGCCUUGUUGAAGUACUGGCCAAAGACUCACAGUCCAAAAGAGGUGAUGUUUCUGAACGAGCUUGAGGAAAUCCUGGAUGUUAUCGAGCCGUCCGAGUUUGUCAAGGUCAUGGAGCCUCUCUUCAGGCAGCUGGCCAAGUGUGUUUCUAGCCCACACUUUCAGGUCCGACAGUUACUCUCGGCUCAUCUCUCGCCAGGGUCCCCUCGUUUGAUCCUCGUGCUCUGCUGUGGUCCGCAGGUGGCGGAGCGAGCUCUCUACUACUGGAACAAUGAGUACAUCAUGAGUCUGAUCAGCGACAAUGCUGCCAAGAUUCUGCCCAUCAUGUUCCCGGCCCUCUACCGCAACUCCAAGACCCACUGGAACAAGACCAUCCACGGGCUGAUCUACAAUGCACUCAAGCUCUUCAUGGAGAUGAACCAGAAGCUGUUUGAUGACUGCACGCAACAGUUCAGGGCAGAGAAAAGCAAAGAAAAAGCCAAGUGGAAAGAAAGGGAAGCGGCGUGGCUCAAGAUAGAGAACCUUGCCAAAUCAAACCCGCAGUUUCUGAUACAUGUGGACGCUGGAGCUUCAGGCAUGGUGAUGGACAUGGAGAUGGAUGGGCCCUUGCUGGAGGACGUCAACCUACUGAAGAAAACUGUCAAGGAGGAAGCCACACAGCUCCAGAAAGAUCAAAGGCGAGAGCGGCCACUGAUGCGGAGGAAAUCGGAGCUGCCCAAGGACAUCUCCACCGUCACGGCCUUGGAGUUGCACCGGAGAGCUGAGGAAAUGUUGACGACCCAUGACGGCCACUGAGCCGCCCCCCCGUCUCUCCCCCGUCCCCGGAGCCUCCGUAUACCAGCAGCAGCAGCAUCCGCAGGGAAUACACACAACAGCACACCGACACAACUCUGCCACAGGGAGGGAACACGGCGCAGAAAAUGUCUGUCAUUCUGUCCAGAUGUGGCAUUUCUGUCUUUUUCCCCCCCCCCCUUUCUUCAUCCUGUUUCCUCGAACUUGUGGGACACUGUGCUGCCCUCUACUGGUCACUUCUCUCAGGUGUUCAGUGAGCUGUCUUCUUGAUGUCUGGGAACUUUUCGCCCUUCCCCUCUCGUCUGCGAUUUAGAAAAAAACGGCCGUAUUUUUAGGAACAAUGUUGUCCAUGCAUCGCUCAAGUCGCUUGGUUUCGGUCGACAUCAGGUGACCCAUAUUCUCCGUCAAAUCAGAUGCAGAUUGGUGAAUUUACCCGAGAAAUCCAUGGGACUAGCUUAAUGCAGAUUCUUGGUUUUAACUCCACCAAAGCUCCGAUGCAGAUUGUUCAUUUCGCCCGCGCUGGUUUGGAGAGAAGUAGGAAGCUUUUCAUGAUCCAGCGAUUCAUGACACACCUGCUGGAGGCUGUAGAGGAACUGAGGUCGAAGGCUGGCCUUUCCUUUCACGGUGCCUUUUUAUAGACUAAAGUGGCGUCAAGUCUUCAGCAGAGGGACUCCAGAAGAUGGCGACGCGGCUCAGACCAGAGCGGCCGCCUGAGCAAUGAAGCACUUCCUGGUUAAACUUGAAAGAAAAACAAGCGGAUAACAAGCUGGUAAACUUGGAGAUCUGCGUGUCCUGGUGUUUGGGGUCAUCUCGCCUGGGUGCCAUCCCUCCUCCUCCUCCUCCUCCUCCUCCUUCGACUCAUCCCUUUUUAGCCGGAGCAAAACUCUGGCUGCUUCCAAGUUAUUAUUUUAUUCCGCCUGCCUGCCUGCGGAAGCUUCUGUCAGUGUUUCAACUGAAUGUGCAAACUGUAAAUAAAACUGCUGUGAUGUUGUUCCAUUCUCUUAACACACACACUUAUUAAAAAAGAAGAAAAUGCUUUAAUUCUACCGUCUUUAGAGCUCUUAUUUCACAUGACCGUUUCUCUGAGAAGCUUUAGUGGCCCUCGCUGACUGAACCAUUCAUGUACUGUACGUCCCAUUCACUUUCAUGUUCCGCAACUGUUUGUAUAAAGUGCUUGUGUACAGAGAGGCUGUUGCCCGUUUGCAGCCGUAAAUUGACUGAGGACCUUUUUUUUUGUUUGUUUGUUUUGUAAACAUUUUUAGCGUGUGACCAUACAUGAGCUCUUUGCGUAUGUGCACUUUUAUCCAAAUCUUAAGUGAUGUACAUCUGUAUACGAUAAAUAAAGAGAACAUGUGAGUUUUAUAUUUUCAUCCUAAAGAAAAAGAGAUC